AUGGAAGCCCUCGAGGCGAGGGUGACGUUCCUGGAGGCCGCCCUCAGAGCCAAGCAGCUCGAGCUUGAAGCUUUAGAGCGGCAGAAGGACCUAGAAAUACUGGAGCUGAAGUCCCUCCUGGACAAGUUCCAGUCGGUCAUACCCUACCACAUCAAUCAGAACAACAAUACCGUCUACAGGAAGGGAGAGACAAGGCGCCGAAGGGCCCAGGGAAUAUCGGCUGAGCCGCUUUCGGAGGAAGGAGCACAUCUUCAUUUUAAUAAACUAUGCCACCCAGGAAACGGAAUCUGGUUCUGGCGUGGGAUCGGGUGA